AUGAGUAGCAUUUCAUCCUUCGGUGGUACAGGCUCGAGCCUGGCACGAGCGGUGGUGAUAGUCGCUGGUGUUUCUGCGCUGGUAGCUUCACUUCUGUCUCUCCUGUCCAUAUGGCUUCAGACGAAAAACUAUCGAAAACCACUCCUCCAGCGAUAUGUUGUCCGCAUACUGUUGAUGGUCCCUAUCUAUGCGGUUUCCUCCUGGGCUAGCAUUAUAUCCUUGAAAGCGGCGAUGUGGCUGGACCCCGUUCGCGAUGUCUACGAGGCGUUCACGAUCUAUACCUUCUUUCAACUACUCAUCAACUUUCUGGGAGGCGAGAGAGCAUUGAUUAUUAUGACUCAUGGACGUCCUCCAAUUCAACAUGCUUGGCCAUUGAACCAUAUCCUGCCCAAAGUGGAUAUCUCCGACCCUCAGACCUUCUUGGCUGUUAAGCGUGGGAUUCUUCAGUAUACAUGGCUUAAGCCAAUCCUGGCUAUCAUUUCUAUUGUCAUGAAAGCGACGGAUACUUAUCAGGAAGGCUAUCUGGGCUUGACAUCGGGGUAUCUCUGGACGGGUAUCGUGUACAAUGUCAGCGUGACCAUAAGUCUCUAUUCGUUAGCCAUGUUUUGGGUCUGUCUGCAUAACGACCUGGCACCAUUCCGUCCGGUUCCUAAGUUCCUCUGUGUCAAGCUUAUCAUUUUUGCUUCUUACUGGCAAGGCUUUUUCUUGUCCAUUUUGCAGUGGCUGGGCGCUCUAUCCAACGGCGUGGCGGGAUAUACACCCGACAAUCUCGCCGCUGCGAUUCAGGACAGUUUGAUCUGCUUCGAGAUGCCAUUCUUCGCCAUUACUCACUGGUACGCUUUCUCCUGGCAUGACUACGCCGACUCCACCAUUUCAGCUGCCCGUCUGCCUGUGAAGUUUGCCCUUCGUGAUUCCUUUGGUAUCCGCGACCUUAUUGAAGACACGAAGAUGACCCUUCGAGGAGAAAACUACGAGUACAGACUCUUUGAUUCCGGUGAUCACAUCAUCCCUCAUGCCGAGUCCAACUCCCGUGUCAGGCGAGUGAUGCACGGCAUGCGGUAUGAGCGUGGGGGCAAAGCGAAGUACUGGAUCCCCAAACCAGGCGAGGUUAACAGUCGAACGCCAUUACUGUCAGGGUCUGAAGGAAGCAGUCGCGAUCGACGAAGCAGCACGCUCAGUCGAUUUCGAUCAAACAGUGACAUUGAGGAGAUGGGUCUUGACGAUGAGGAUGAAAGACUCUUUGCCAAUGCACGCGCUCUUGAAUUCGGUGAUUGGAAUGUAAGUCAUCAAGCUGCAUGGCGCUCUAGUCCAGGACACCGAUGGGCUAAUUGCAAUCAGUAUCCCGUGAUCACGGCCAACGAAGUGCCGGAGGAUCAACGGCAAAUACACCAGCGAAGCUCCCCAAAUCUACAAAACGCUGGAGCGGUGAAACGGACGCGAAAGCACCGUAAGUCCCGCAUCAACAAUGGCGGAGGCACCCCACGAAGUGAAGGUAGCCCCCGUAGUUCUCGCAGGGAACCCCCCAACAGUCGCCAGACAGUUCGUCAGGAGACUAGCUCAUCCAUAUCCCACAGCUCCCAGCGCAGUCAGCUGGUGGACUUGGUAGUGGAGGACCACAAAGCAGAGCAAGCGGAAAGAGUGCAUACACAGAAGGCGUUCGGAUCGACCUGGCUGGAGCCCGACCAGAGGCACUUCCAGAGACCCUCUGGGGAGCCAGUUGAUGAACGGCCAAGCUAUCUUGAAAAUAGCGCAGAUGGCACGAUGGAGAAUACCAGAGCUGCAAGCCCAACCGAUCGAGCAGGGGAUGAUGAUGAACCGACACCGCGGCCAAAUUGGGCAUAUGGAGGGCUGGAAGAGGAGAAUGUGUGGGAUCGCUAG